AUGGCUCCCAGCGUUGCUAUUGUCUUCUACUCAAUGUACGGCCACAUCCAGAAGCUAGCCGAGGCAGAGCUGAAGGGAAUUGAGUCCGCAGGUGGUCAUGCAAAGAUCUUCCAGAUUAACGAAACACUUUCGCAGGAAGUUCUCACCAAGAUGCAUGCCCCUGCGAAAUCCCAAUAUCCCAUCCUUGAACCCAAUGACCUCCUAGAAUACGAUGCCGUUCUUUUCGGAAUCCCUACUCGGUAUGGUAACUUUCCAACUCAGUGGAAAACCUUCUGGGACAAGACUGGCGAUAUUUGGGGCUCUGGCGGAUACUCAGGCAAGCACGCAGGUCUCUUCGUCUCUACUGGUACCCAGGGUGGUGGCCAGGAGUCGACACCCCUUGCCUCUAUGAGCACUCUAGCCCACCAUGGCUUUCUAUAUGUUCCUCUUGGAUACAAGCAUACAUUCGGCCAGCUGAGCAACCUUGAUGAGACCCGGGGUGGUAGCGCUUGGGGUGCCGGUACAUUCGCUGCAGGAGAUGGAUCCCGGCAACCUACUCCUCUUGAGCUCCAAGUUGCCGAAAUUCAGGGUAGAACUUUCUUCGAGACUGUCUCGAAGGCCCACAAAUCACUCCCGGGUAGCGACCAGUCGAAGCCCCAAACCUCUACCUCUGCUGAGGGGGCUGCAAAGCAAACCAGCCAGCCAGCUCAGACUGCUCAAUCUUCCCAGCCCGAUCAGCCUUCUCAGGGGCAACAAGCUACACAGGCUCCAAAAGAGAAGAGCGAGGGGCCGUGUGGACUGCCCAAAAAGUGCAGUAUUGUAUAA